UCAGCACGAUGAGGCUGACAGCUUUGACCUGCCCUCUAUGGUAGAUCACAAGAUCAACAAGGACAAGGCUGUUUGUUCACCCCUUUCUCUUCCACUCACACACCCCCAUAUCAGUCUGGAGAGAAAACAUCGGACGAAUUCACAAAGUCUACUUAGGAGACCUGGAGUACUCAAAAUAUACAUAGAUAUACCAUCUCUGUAUUACUCCUAGAGGACAAGGUUUGAUCUCAACUAAUGGCUGUCACAGAGAUGUCCAUGCUUCGGUAUGUUAGGACUCUAAUCCUUUUCAUCUUGCUUCUUCCUCGCUGGGGUCAACCGAGUCCAAUUCCUUCCCUAGAGGAACCAUUAUCAGGAGGUCUUGGAGCGGUGGAUGCAUCUAUGCUGGACCAGGAUGAUAAUGUUGACGUUCAGGCACUUCUAGGUCAAUUUCUCUACAUGUUAAAUUUAACAGAGCAACAGCCAAAGCCGAGGCCCCGGGCUGCCCGUAUCGAGCCACCAGAGUACAUGCUGGAACUGUACAACCACUACGCUCAGGAUCGCAGCACCAGACCUGUAGCAAAUAUUGCACGGAGUUUCAAGAAUGAGGACUCCUUGCCCUAUAGCGUGACAGGAAGAGGUGUGAGGACGCUCCCUCUAAUGUUCAACGUCUCUGUCCCACGUCACGAGCGCAUUAUUGCCGCAGAGCUCCACCUCUACAUGCUAGUACAUAGAGAUCCUCAACGCAACAAUGGUGUUGACUGGAAGGUAACAGUUUUUGAGAGGCAAUUGGAAGGCGGCCCUUCAUUUCAAAAUUCCAAGGGUGGAACUGUGGAGAGCAAUUUGACUGGUAUGCAGGAGCUGGUGGUAAGGCAUGGCCAGUUGAAAGAGAGCAGAUGGGAGGUGUUUGAGCUUACUGACACUGUUCUACUCUGGAGAGACCUGAAGAGCACAAGCCACUGGCUUGAGGUGCAGGUCGAAAGUGAGAAUGAAAGGGAACUCCAGGAUGAAGAAAAGAGUGCUAUAUUUAUCAACCUGGACAUUGAAAGGAGUGUGGGAGGAAAGCAUGAACCAGUGCUGAUUGUCUUCUCAGAUAAUGAAAGUGAUAAGGACCAGUCAGAGAAGACAAUCCCAGAAGACAACACUGGCUUGUUACAUCUCAAUGAAUUUGAGUUAGUGGAUGAAAAUGCUGAUGGCAGCAAACAAGAAAAUGAGGCCCAUUUAAUGCAAAUGCAUUCUAACAUGAUCUACGACAGCGCGCCGCGAACCCGCCGCAAUGCCAAGGGAAACCAAUGCAAGAGGACUGCACUCUAUGUGGAUUUUAAAGAGAUAGGCUGGGACUCAUGGAUCGUUGCACCGCCAGGCUUCGAGGCCUACACUUGUCACGGGGAGUGCGAUUAUCCAUUACUUCCACAAGUGACGCCCACCAAGCAUGCCAUUAUCCAAACACUGCUCAAUCUGAAAAGCCCUCAGAAAGUCUCACGAGCAUGUUGCGUGCCCACCAAGCUGGAACCAAUCUCUCUGCUGUACGAAAAUGAGAAUGGCCAUGUCAUUUUCCAGCACAAAUAUGAAGGCAUGGUGGUGGCAGAGUGCGGCUGCAGAUGAGGUCUUGAAAUUCUCAUAAACUCUCACCCGAAUCAGCCGAAAAGCCAAACAGACAAAAUUGAGAGGCCUGAUAAGAUGAUAAGAUGACGACAAUGUUCAAAUAUGAAGAGAUAAAGUCACCAUGAUCAACAAUGAUGUUGUCUUUGUGUGAUAAUUAACACCUUAUCUAGCAACUCUUAGUAGAAGUAUAAAAAAUGUAUUGUGAGUAGCACAGUAGCAUGCUGCUAUGUGAAGUAUGCAGACACUAUAACCUGGCAUGGAAUGGAUGAACAUCAUUGAGUGAAAGGGACAAUGAUUUUGAGAUUUCACUUGAUGUAUAUCUGCUUUUUAUAGUGUAGACUGUUGCUUUUUUAUUGUACAAAAAUAUUUGCUGCAGUCUAGAAUAUAGUGUUUUCAAAUUCAUUUCAUAAUUAUAAUAAAGUGAAAAAUAACCUUGGUUUAAAACACAACAAACCAACAGCCUUCAUUACAUUUGAAUAAUUUCAAUGGCAAUUAAAAAGUAAGAAAUAAAAUACUUUGGAUGUGACUGUUAUAGGAAAAUAACCAACUUUAGGCUGGUGUGAUGAGG